AUGCUCUCCGCCGCGCUGUUGGAAGGGUGGCUCUCGCUGGCGGCACAAUCCAUCAUCGACCGCAAGUACGAGUACGCGCAGGCGAUCCGCGCACGCGCGGCGUCGCACAAGGCGGCGCUCGGUCGGAAUCUGGCCGGCGCUGGGAGGCUGGCGGAAGAGGCCAAGGCGCGCAAGAUGGAGAGCGCGAUUGGAGACGCUGGACAGCUGCUCGAGAAGCUGCGGCGCGACGCGAUCGAGAAGGCGGAGGGCGUGGUGCCCACGACGGCCUCGGCACCGCGAGCGGUGUUCGAGGUCAAGAGGCGGCGAACUUGCCUCGUCUGGAAUCCAGGCGGCGUCAGCGUUCGCGAGGCGCGAGCCGAACGGCGGCUCAGCGAUCGUGGCCGGCGGGCCAAGCGAAAGAGUACGGGCGGCGCUGCCGUACAGACUGAGGAGCGCGAUCGCGCGCUUGCCGAGACGCUCGAGCAUGAGGACGCCGAGGACGGCGGCGGCGACGUCGGCCGAGGGACGGCGCUGCGCUUCCGGGGCUGCGAGGCGCUCGAGGCCAUCAUCGACGAGGUCAAGGGCAGGCACGCGCACAUGUUCAUGCUGUCGGAGACGCACCUGCACGGCAAGGCCGUCGACGACGUGGCGGACUAUAUCGGCAUGCGCCUGGGAUGGCAGGACUUGUCCAAACGUUGCAGCGCAGGAGCACCCGAGUACACGCCCUGCGUGGUCCAAGCCCCGGCGGCCAAGGGCGAGUGGGCCGGCGUGCUGCUCGCUUACGAUCCGUGCGUCUUCAAGGUGAUCGGGACGCAGGUGCUCGUACCCGGGCGGCUGCUCGAGGUCGAGGUGCGCAUGAUUGACGACUCGACCAAGAUGUUGAUCUACGCGUGCUACAUGCCGCAGCAGAACCUGCCAAAGGAGCUGCACGCCAAGGUCUGGGGUAAGCUCGAAGAGGCGCUGCUUGUCGCGCACAUGCCGUACGUGAUCGCGGGCGACCUCAACGCCGAAACGGCCAAGAGGCUCAAGAGCAUGCACGGCAUCGACCUCGAUAAGGGGGGCGCGUGCAAGCGGCCGGGCGAGGCCUUUCUGCACAAGCUCAUGCACGGAUCGGCGCUCGACGAGCUGGAGCGACCGGUGCGGCUGGGCCGAGAGGACUUCACCCUGCUGCACGUGAUCAAGACGCCGUCCAUCGACUCUGAGGGCAAGGAGACUGAGGGCGAGAUCAGCAAGCACGUGAUCGAUCACGUACUGCACGGCGGCUGCUACGGGCGCAUCGGGGGCGGGCAGACGUUCACGGUCAAGGUCGGCGCGGAGGCGCAGAAGCAAUACCACCGCGCGCUCGGCUUCGACAUCAUCACCACCGACUGCGAGGAGGUGGUCGUGAAGACGGCGCGCAAGCCCAAGCUCGCAAAGAUGCCCAAGCAGCCGACCAAGAAGUCCAAGUCGGCGAAGAAGAGCGGCGCGAGCGCGGCCAAGCAGGCGAUUGCGCGAGCGCACGCGUUACCUGAUCGAGGCGACGACGGGCACGGCGGGCUCGUUGACGACGCCGAGGCGGACGUGAGCGACCGGGAGCUCGAGGAGGCGCCCGAGGCGAGCGACGAGGAUUCGGAGCCGAUUGGCUGGGUAGCGUAUCAAGAGCAGGUCGUCGGCGAGUGCAGCAACACGAUGAAGGAUUGGGUUGCUGGGCGCGAGGCGGCGUGCGCCGAGGCGCUGAGGCAGCUCAUCGUCAAGGAGGGGCCGCGGGCCGACGGGCGUGCCAAGGGGCUGGCGAGAGACGAGGCCGAGGCCAACUACGAGGCGACGCACGGCACGCUCGUGGAUCACAUGAUGCAGUCGUGCAUGUCGGUGGCGCGCAAGGUCAUCGGCGCGCCGGCGGCGAGAAAGGGCCGGAAGCAGACGGCGAGUGAGGUGCUCCGGCGGAAGCUCGACAAGUACCUCGAGAUCGAGCGGGAGAUUGAGGAGGCGCGGCCGUCGGACCUCGAGUUCGGCUUUUAUGGCAAGUUUCCGGCGAGAUGGCAUCGCAGGGAGAGCGCGCUCACUCCCGAGCUGCGACACCUCUUUCUACGCGACUCGGGGCUGAUGGCUGCACCUGCACGCCGCGAGCGUGAGCUCCUACUCGUGCGCCGGUGCGUCGACGCGAGCGUCAAGGAGAUUGACGAGCAUCGGCUCGACGUGCGCCUCGACUACGUAAACGAGCAGCUGCAGGUCCUGGCCGAAAGGGAGCUGGGAUACGCGAGGGCGGCGGCCGAGGUCAUUCGGCGCGAGCGGGCUGGGCUAAUGUCGAAAAAGGAUCGGGGUCCGGGCGGGCAGCUCGUGGCCAUCGAGGACGAGGCGACCGGCAACAUGCUCACGGGCGCGGCGCGCGACAAGGCUGUGGCGGCCAAAGUGCGCGCGGCCAAUACGCCCAACAUCGUGUGCCUCGAGGCGGCGGGCCAUCUUAUGCAUAGGUGCGCUAUUGAGCGCGGCGAGACGCGCGGCGGCGCAACGGCGCGCGAAGCGGGUGCAGCGCAUCAAAUAGUCGAAGAUGCGGAGAGCAGACUAUCGAGGCGCCCGCGCUUCGCUGCCAAGAGCGAGCGCGUGGAGAAGUGUCAACGUCCUCCAGCGGGCGAGCUAUUCGUUGUGGGUAAUGUCCAGUUCCCCAACGAUGCGCAUCAAGGGCGGGUGCGCUAUGACGGUACCAGGCACGGGCUGCUGGGCAACCCGUUCAAGAUGGGCGUGGACGGCAAAGACGAGGCUCUUCGCGAUCUCGUCUGCGAGUGCUACGAGAUCUGGUACGUGCACGGCAAGGACGCGUACGAAACGGCGGUGGAAAAGGGGCUUCCGAUCGAGUGCGUGGCACCGGGACUCGGGCGCGUCAAUCCCAUCGACAUCGACAACGAGAUCAACUCGCUCGUCAGCAUCGCGAUCGAGCUUGGCAAGCGGGUCGUGCUCGACUGCACGUGCGAGCCCAAGCGUUGUCACCUGAGGUUCGUGGCACGGCUGUGCAACGAGCGCGCGCAGAAGAGGCUCGACGAGAAGGCUGCUAAGCUGGCCGGGGAGUGCAACGACUGCGAUGACGAGCGUGGCGCUGAUGCAGACGCACUCAUUCCACUCAUUCCACCUGUCCACGGUGAGGCUGAUCGCGCGCCUGCUGGCCCGGCGGCGAUGGGCGACAGCGAGGCUGCAACAGGGGAGGAGGGCGCCGGGGCGAGCGCGCGGAGCGAGAGCCUGAGAACCAGAGGGGGGGGCUCCACGGGCUCUGACAUGGCUGCUGAGGAGUCCGAGGCGCACGCUGAGUACAACGGCGACGACAUGGAGAUCGAGCUCGACGCUGGAGGUGAAACGGCGGUUUCGCAGGGCGUGCAGACCGAGGAGCAGCGCGCGCAGCAACGGCGCGCCUUCGAGGAUCAGUUAUGGCGCGAUAGGCUUCGCUCUGCCAUCGAUGCGUCGGACGCGUCGGAGGGAGACAAGGACAGAGUAUACGAGUACUGGACGGGCGAAUACCAACUAGAGUUCAACGAGACGGGCGAGAAAUGCAUUGAUCGGCGUGUGCUCGCGUUGCUACAGCGCGUGCUCACUCCGGAACGGGUGAUGCAGUUGACCAAGUCCGUCAAGGAGAAGCUGGCGACCGGGCUCGACGAGUUCAACGUCGUGCUCAUCAAGCAGGGUGGGCCCGAGCUCGCCAAGCUCUUCGCCGAGUCUAUCGCGACCGAGGUGGCGGCUUUCUCCUUCCCGACGAGCUGGACGACAUGGCACGCUACGCUGAUCCCGAAGCCGGGCAAGGACAGGUGCAAGCUGAGCGGGUGGCGCGAGAUCUGGAUUCAAGCGCACCUGUGGAAGAUGGUGGUCGGCGCCAUUCUUCCCGAGUGCGCCGAGGUUUUCGCGCGCACUCGGCCGUGGUGCAACGCGGGCUUCGAGGCCGGGCGUGGUUGUCCCGAGCAGUCGGCGGCACUGCGUGCACGGCUGGAGCUACACAUGCGGCUGCGGCAGCCCCUCCACAUCUACCUGCAGGAUUACUCCGUCUUCUUUCCGUCGGUCUCGAGGCAGCUUGUCGCCUUCAUCCUGCACGAGCUGGGCGCGAGCACAGUCUCGAUGCAGAUUCUUCGAGAAGUCCAAGAUCAAGUGAUGGGCGCGUUCAAGACGGCGGGCGGUCCCACCGAGCUCGCCCCGAUGCUGAGAGGCGAGCCCAUCGGCGGCGUCGAGUCGCCGUUGUUUUCGCUGCCUGUAGCGGCGCUCGUACAGCGUGCACUCGAGAUCUACGUGCCGGGCAGCCCACUGCCGGGCCGGCGCGAGCUGCGUGUCGCGGCGCUUCAACUUUGGUACGCCGACGACGGCGCGUUGGCCGACUCCAUCGAGGGUGUCAUCCAGACGGCUGUUGACCUGAUGAUCUUCCUGUCGGAGGAGAUUUUAGGACUCAAGGUCGGGCACGACGUGGUCGAGGCGUCGAAGUCGGCGUCUCUUUCCUGGAUUUGGGACAAGCUGCGGAACGAGUUUGUGCGCGGCAACGGCACCAAGUUCAGAGUACCGCUGGGCAUCUCGCGGGAGGAUAUUGAGCUCGCGCGAGCGGUUAGCUAUCGCUACUUGGGAGUCGACUUCGACCCGGACCUCGACAUCAACAAGGUUGAGGAAACGUAUCGAGCACGGGCCAGCGCCAUCGUCACCAUGAUCAACAACUUGGGUGGCGGCAGCUGUGAUCAGCUAGCGCUGGCAAUCAAUACGGUCUGGCAAGGUAUCUUCAUUUUUCCGGCGAGGACCAUCCCGUUCACGGAAAAGGCCGCCAAGGCGCUCAAUGCCAAGGCCACCAAGGUCUUAUGCAAUCACGGCAACCGGCUACGGCACACCAAGAUCGUGGGUGCCUUCAUCUCGAGCAAGUCUGGAGGGCUCGGACUGCGGCCAGCGCAGUCGACGAUGGCGGCGGGCAUUAUUGAUGAACGCGCGCGCGCGUUCAGCGGUCGGCGAGGCGAGCCCGCACGCGCGGUGCAGCUCGCGGCGCACUUAGUCUUUGCGGCAAGCCUCGGCUGGGACGGCCCGUCGCACGAGGCACCUACGGCCUUCGACUUCGUGAUCUCGGAGCGCUGGCUACCGUUGCUACGGCUCGACGUGCCGAGCGAGUGCGUGGCGUUGCACUUGGCAAAGCUCGGCCUCAACUGGCGCGGCACUGGCGUGGCUGAGUGCGCGGCUGAUGCACGGCGAGCAGCUGCUCGCGGCGAACAGGCGGCAACCAAGGCGCGGCUCAUCAACAUGACUAACGUCACGCCUUCGCUGCGUCUGCACGGGCUCGGAAUCAAUAGCCUCGACGAGCUACACGCGGGCUGUGGCGAGCUGCUGAGCGCCGAGCGAAUCGAGCUCAUUUACGCGAGGCCUGGAUGGGCUUGGAGCGACAUUGACAAGGCGCACGUGCGACGGCUGCUGCGCGAGGUUGCCGACGACGCGCGCGCGAAGGUUGCGCUCGGCGAGUGGCGAGAGCGCGGUGUGCGGAUGGAGGGCGAGAUCGCGCUCACUGAGUUGAUCAACGUGGGCAGGCGCAGGGCGCUGAGCAUGCUCUCGCGGAUCGCGGGGAUUCUGUGGUGCAAGGACGCUGGCGGUGGCCGGCCCGACGAGCGCUCCUAUGAGUAUGCUGAGCUUAACGAGAUUGACGAGGCGAUCGCCUGGAUGGAUGAGGCCGACGUUUCGAGGUGGGAGCCGAACACGUUCAACUGCUUCCUGCAUCGGCUGCGAGGGCCGGCGCGUGCUGCUACGUUCCUCGCCGAAGCCGGACGUUCGGCUGGCAUCGAGCCGCGUGCGGCCGCUGCGCGCAUCGAGCUCAUCGACCUCCUGCUGCUUGACUACGCGGCGCUACGCGCCAAGGGCGUCUGCGCCAAAGAGGUCAAUCUGCGAGAGGACAGGGCUGCGGAUAAGGCCGGCAAGCACGUGGCCGGCGCGCACACGACGGCGUGGUCAGCAACGUGCGCUGCCGAACUACGACGGGCGAAUGGCUUCGAGAAUCGCGUGGCGGCGGUACGUGUGCUGCCGGCCCCACGCGACGUGGAUGGGGCAAAGUUCUCUGACGCACUCGUCGAGGCUCGGUACGAUGGCGUCGCGUGGACUAAUGGGCGGAGCAAUGGCAGCCUAUGGCGAGGGUGGCGCACAGCGGCGCACGUGCUUUCUCACUUUGAGCGUGCUCCGAUGGCGCUCGAGAGCGCCGUCACGCGGAGCUUCAUGCGCGAUCGCGUGGUGGAGUGCACUGAUGAGGGGGCGCUCUUUGCGAACGCGUACGGUGAACCGUUGAGGGUGCACAUUGCGCGCGAUGAGGCGGCGCUCAUUGCUACGGACAUCAACCUGGCGCUCAUGGGCGAGAUUGGCAAGAUCGAGCUCGCCUGCGUCGCACGUGGACGCGGCGGUUUCCUUCUCGUCGCGGCUACUGACGGCGCGUUCGUCAGGGCCAAGGCGCUCAGCGCGCGCGAGGCGCUGCGUUACGCGAUGGCGAGCGACGAGGAGCGAAGCAGCUUGCGCUUGUGCGCACCGUACGAGCCGCCGCAGGUGGCGAGCGGUGUCUUUUAUGGCCUGCAGCAGCUAGGCAGCACCUGUCCGAUGCUGGAAGGGCGGCGGCUGCCGGCGCAUUAUGACAACAACCAGGCCGAACUCGACGGGCUCAUCCUCGCGCUGCGCCGGCACGUGGCCUUGCUGACUGGCCUGACGGUUCUGGAGGUUCUUCAACGGCUGCUGCUCGACUGCGAGGGCGCCAUGGGGCCGGCAGCGAAUGCUGACGAGGACGACUGCGACGGUGCUGACCACGGCGCCGUGACGUGGGGCGACGGAGCGCGCAGCGGCGCGCGUGACUUGCUUGUCAUCAUCGACAGCGAGAACAUCUGCGACUUUUUCGAGCGCGCAUGGCGAUACGGAGACGUGAGACGGCUGCGCGGCGAGACCUACGGUCUGCGCAUGGAAGAGGCGCUGCUGCUACGCAGAUGGCUGCAGAGGUUGGAUGCCGAGGUGCACACGCUGCGCUUGAGCUCGCACUGCGGGUUCAUUCCCAACGUGUGGGCGGACGCGGUCGCCAACGCGGCGCGGCUGCUCGUCUUCGACGGCGAGCCACCACUGGUCGUGCGGCGCACGCUGGUUUUCUUGUGCAAGGUGGGUGGUGCGGGCAAGACUUGGGGCCCACCGCUGACGCGCGCGGACCAGAUAGACGGCGAGAGAUCGGCGGCGGAGCUCGACACGAGGCUGUCCAAGAAAGUGCGCGCGCUCGCUGACACGUGCACGGUGCAGUUGCUCAUCAAGGAAGGGGUCAAAGUGUGGCAGAUUUUCCGACGGGGGCGCGCGGCGCUGACCGAGAUCGAGGAGCUCAUCUUUUUGGCAAAAGAAGGGCCGGCCAGCGAUGAUGAGAUGACCGGGGAGGGCCGAGCGGGCAGGGACGCGCGAGCGAUGUUCGAGCAGGCACAGCGCGAUCUUCUCUGCGCAGUCGACGGGACGGCCUCGCCGGAACUGCUCGAGGGGCGCCUCUUCGCCACUCCCUUCUUUGACUUCGAAGGCGAGGGCUUGGACGUCACCAAGGGGCAGCAGCUGUUCGAUCGGCGGAUCCAGGGCGCCCUCUCGAUACAGAGAGGCGGUGGUUACGGCAGCCAGGUGGAGCUCACGAGGGUGGGCAUGCGCCACAUCUUGCGGAACUUUGCGCAGAGCGUGUUACCUGAGCUUGGCGAGGGCGUUGCGUCGAGCACGCCGACCGAAGGCGAGACGCUCCCCCUCUGCAUCUGCCCGGCGUGCCACGUUGAGUGUCGAUGCGACUUUUUUCACUUCUUCGAGUGCGCGAGCGGCAUUAGCGAGGCGGCCAGAAGCGCGUGCUGCAGGGCUCUCGAGCAGCACGCGACGAUGCUCGACGUGCCGAGCGCGGAGAACGGCGAGGGCGAGGGCGACCUACACAUCGAGUUGGCAUGGGCGAGAGUGGCGCUGCUGGCGAAGAGACAGCUGGGUGAGCUGGGAAGGUACCGCAGAUAUCUAGCGGCCAAGGCGCUGUGCGGCGCGUUCGCGACGCCCUCGGCGGCUUCGGUCAGAGCAGCGGCGAUGGCCGACUGUUGGCAGUGCGAGUCCUCGCGGCAGGAAUCUACGGCGGAGGCCGCGGCCGACGAUGACGACGAGCUGGAUGAGCUCGAGUGCGAGGAGGCGCGGCCGCGGAGCGAAUUUGAUUACAAGCGGCUUGCGGAGGCGCGGCGCAAGUUCAACAAAUGGUACGUCGGACGGGCCAUCGCGCUCAACACGGUGGUGAUCGAUCAUCUGCGAGCUGAGUUCGGCAAUUGGCUGGAGCGCAUGAGGCGAGGGCACGCCGGGCUGCGCGGAGCGUACGGCGGUGAUUACCAAAGGCACUAUACCGGCGGGCGCGGGCGCGUUCUCGACGAACAACUUUGCGGCACGUUCUACCCGACCAAUGGCAGCGCGGGCGUGCCGAUGAGCGAGGCCGACUUUGAGAAGGGCAUCGCGGCGGAGCUGCAGUCGGGGCGUUUUGUGCGCGUCGUGGGCGGAGAGACGCUCGUGCGUACGCACGGUACGGCCGAUGCGCGGCGCGAGGAGCUUCGCAAGAAGAGAGACGAAGGCAAGGAGCGAGAGCGGCUGAGAGCAGAGGAGGGCCGGUUCAAGUACGCUCGGCUCGAGCAGGAGCGGGAGCUGGGCGAGCUGCUCGAGAGGCGCAUCGAGCGCGGCUUCGAGGGUCUAUCGGAGCCUGACGAGGAGGAGAGCGCGCUGCUCGCCGACGGCGGGCGUGUAAGGGCGCUGCGGCUCAUGCGCGAAGCGUCGGAUGUGGGUGCGCGCGCGUGGCUGAUGCCGGAUGGCGGCGAGGCGAUGAGGGCAGCGCGGGCUACUAGCGGUGCAAAUGAGGACGAAGGCGGCGCUUGUGCAGCGCCGGCUCACAUGGAUGGCGAUCUAGACGAGACGAUUGCUGAUGACGCGGCCGCGCUAUUGCCUCAGGCGACACAGAUGUACGGCGCGGCGCACGAGGCUGAGGAGGAGGAGGAUGAGAUCGACGAGACGGUGCGCCGAGCGCCCGCUUGGCACGCGACGCAGCAGUAUGAUGGGUCGAUGGCUGGCGAUGACGCUGAGGUCGACGACGUUGAGGCGGUGCGACGGUGCGGCUGGCCCGACGCGCAGCUGGCAGAGAGCCCGAGGGGCCUCGCCGCGAGAUGGGCGGCGUGCGGACUUGAGAUGGACGAUGAGUUCACGGGCGGGCCGAGCGCGGCGAGAGAGGAGGUUGAGUGCAUGAGUGAGAUGGCGCCUGAUGACGCUCGUGAUGAGUUGAUGUGUAGCAUGGAUGUAGUAGCGGAGGUGCAUGCACAGGAUGCAGAGAGGGAGCAGCAGAGAGAGGGGGCGUCUGUUGGGUGCGUCAUGCCGAACGGCGAUGGCGCGGGCGGCGACGACUGUGAGGCCGGACGAGCGCUCGAGGGUGAUGACGGCGUCUACAUGGGCUGCGAGGGCGCCGACGGCGUCGAGCAGGGGGCGUCGAUGGUUGCGCGCGAGGCAGAGGACAGCGACGAGGACGAGGGCAUGGCGGGAAAAGAGAACGUCUCGAUGCAGAGGGCGGAGGGCGGCGGCGGCGUAACGGCUGGCAUCAAGAAGAAGAAGCCGAAGAGAAGGGCAAAGGGCACCAAGUCUCAACAACAGCGGCAAGAUGGUAAACGACCGGGAGGGGCACGCGAGGCAUGA